AUGGCCUCUACCAUGAUCGACGACGACGACGACAGCUUUCUCUACGGAGACUCCAAGGAUGUCCUCGAGGUUGCAAAACCACCCGUGACAACGUCUGUGCCACAGCCAAUCUCGCUCGAACAAACACGGUCAGCCACGCAAGGUCUUGUUGCCCACCUUGAAGCCGAGGCUGCGGAGUCCUCAAAUGGUACCGCUGCACCCGAGUCUAUAGAGGAUGCACAGAACGACGAAGAGGGCGAGGGUGAGGAGGAGGAAGAGGAGGAAGAGGAGAGCGAUGAUGACAUUGAGAUCAUCAUGGAGCCAACUGCACGCACACUAGACCUGCGACAAGGCAACCGGCCGCCACCAAACCGACCGGCUAGCCAUAACACUCCAACAAGAGCACCUCAACCACAGCACCCACAGCCCUCUCUAACGACCGAAUACACGCCUCGAGAACGAGGGGGCGUCACCAAGCUUUCUUCCACCCCGCAACCUACAUCAACUACCCCAUCACCAGCACUGUCUGCAACACCAGGCGCCGCAUCCAGCCAACAGAAGGCUGAGGACGAGCAACAGCCAGCGGAUUCUGGACCUGAUCCUUCGACUCUUCCUCUAGCAAAAGCGCCGCCGUCACACCCGUCAAUCAAUCCAGAUGCGCCUGGUACGCUUGACGGGCGCUCAAUUCUUGAAGUUGACCUCAAUGCAUUGGCGGAGAAGCCAUGGCGGCGGCCAGGCUCGGACUUGAGCGAUUGGUUCAACUAUGGUUUCGACGAAAUCUCGUGGGAGGCGUAUUGCUACAGGAGGAGAGAGCUGGGUGAUGUUGCAAGCGUCCUGAAGAACAAUGUCCUGGCAUUUGCAGGCAUGCCAGAAGAACAACUCUCAGCCCUUCCACCUGAGAUCCGAACGAUGGUCAUCGCAGGCGCCAUGAUGGCCAGCGGCGGUGCAGCGAACGGGGGUGGGAUGAUGCCAGGGGCCGGAAUGAACAUGAACGGGGGCGCCAUGAUGAACCAGAUGAUGAACAUGGCGCCCAUGAUGAACCCAAUGAUGCAGGACAUGGGCAUGGCUGGCAUGGAGAUGGGCAUGGGAGGGCCGGGCAUGGGAGGACCUGGUAUGGGGGGACCUGGUAUGGGAGGACCUGGUAUGGGAGGACCUGGCAUGGGAGGACCUGGUAUGGGCGGUGCGGGCAUGGGUGGAGCGGGUCCAGGUCCGGGUAUGAUGCAGGACGCAGGCGGACCUGGCGUGAUGGGCGGCGGGCCACAGGGUGCGGGGCAGAACACGCAAGAGGGGCAGAUGGGUAUGGGAGAGGGCUUCGUUGCGGGAGGUGGCGGGCCUGGCCCAGGGAUGAUGGGGAUGGGUCCCGAGUUUGGGAUGCAGCAGCAGGAUGCGGCGGGCAUGGGCCAGCAGCAGAUGUAUCAGGUCAUGGAGAACAACACUCCGCAAGCCCCGGCGCCCACACCCUCGCGGAACGGGCCGACGCCUGGUCAGUUCAGAGGACGCGCUAUACCUCCGACAAUGCCAUCGCGCGCACGGGGAGGCUACGCACCACGCGGACGAGGUAUUCCGGUUCGACCUGCGUCCCCGCUUCCACCCAAUGUGCCCACGGGCCCGCGAAACAAGAACAAGUACAAGGACAUCGACGGCAGUGCACCCGCUGUCGAUGGGCUGGACUACGGCGGAGGUGGCGGGAAGGAAGGUGGAAGCCGCACCCCAGACGAGGACAACAGGAGCAGCAGCAGGAAGCGGAGAAGCUCCCCCGGCCUCGACGACAGUAGAAGUUCAAAGCGGCGAUAGUCCUAGCUGUCUGCAGUUUCCUACUUUGUUCUUGACAAUGUAUUUGCGCCUUGUUGCUAUC